GCAUACAGCUCCGUGAGCACGACAGAGACCACAGAGGAGCUGGCAGAGGAGAACCCAGCUGUUGCUGUGAGACUGCCGGUGGCAGCCAGAGAGAAAGAACCUGCUAGCACGCAUCCUGCUGCUCCCCACCAGCUGCAGCGCAGCCUCCUCUGCAAUUUCCUCCCUUUAGCCCAAGGCAGACCCUGCGGCUAAGCUAACUCUGAUUAAAAAAAAAAAAAAAAGGCUAAAAGAAAAAGAGCCCUCGCCCCUCUACUCCCCUCGAUCUCAGGCCCCGCCGCCCGGGUGGCAGCAGCGCGCGCCAGCACGCGGAGCGCUGAGCCGCGGCACCGGCUGGGUGGCGCGCGCCGACGGAGCCGCGGGAGGUGAGGGGCCGCGUCCCCGCGUGGUGGGCACCGCGCCCUGCCCUCUGCCGCCGCCGCCGCCGCCGCAGCUGCACCCGAGGCACCAUGACCGCUCUGAGCACUAGGGUUACAGACUGCCGUUUUGGACUUGCUCCCCAGAGCUAACUGCAGCAUGCUCAAAAGGAAGCAGAGCUCCAGGGUGGAGGCCCAGCCAGUCACUGACUUUGGUCCUGAUGAAUCUCUGUCGGACAGCGCUGACAUACUCUGGAUUAACAAGCCAUGGGUUCACUCUUUGCUGCGUAUCUGUGCCAUCAUCAGUGUCAUUUCUGUCUGUAUGAACACACCCAUGACGUUCGAGCACUACCCUCCUCUCCAGUAUGUGACCUUUACUUUGGACACUUUACUGAUGUUUCUCUACACGGCAGAGAUGAUAGCAAAAAUGCACAUCCGGGGGAUUGUCAAGGGAGAUAGUUCCUAUGUGAAAGAUCGCUGGUGUGUUUUUGAUGGAUUUAUGGUCUUUUGCCUUUGGGUUUCAUUGGUGUUGCAGGUAUUUGAAAUUGCUGAUAUCGUUGAUCAGAUGUCACCUUGGGGCAUGUUGCGGAUCCCAAGGCCACUAAUUAUGAUCCGAGCAUUCCGAAUUUAUUUCCGAUUUGAACUUCCAAGGACCAGAAUUACAAAUAUUUUAAAGCGAUCAGGAGAACAAAUAUGGAGUGUUUCAAUUUUCCUACUUUUCUUUCUACUUCUUUAUGGAAUUUUAGGAGUACAGAUGUUUGGAACAUUUACCUAUCACUGUGUAGUAAAUGAUACGAAGCCAGGAAAUGUAACCUGGAAUAGUUUAGCUAUCCCAGAUACACACUGCUCACCAGAGCUGGAAGAAGGCUACCAGUGCCCACCGGGAUUUAAAUGCAUGGACCUCGAAGAUCUGGGACUUAGCAGGCAAGAGCUGGGAUACAGUGGCUUUAAUGAGAUAGGCACCAGCAUAUUCACAGUGUACGAGGCUGCCUCACAGGAAGGCUGGGUGUUUCUCAUGUACAGAGCAAUCGACAGCUUUCCUCGCUGGCGUUCCUACUUCUAUUUCAUCACUCUCAUAUUCUUCCUUGCCUGGCUUGUUAAGAAUGUGUUUAUCGCUGUCAUCAUUGAAACAUUUGCAGAAAUCAGGGUACAGUUUCAACAAAUGUGGGGAUCGAGAAGCAGUACUACUUCCACAGCCACUACACAGAUGUUUCACGAAGAUGCUGCUGGUGGAUGGCAGCUGGUAGCUGUGGAUGUCAACAAGCCCCAGGGACGCGCCCCAGCCUGCCUCCAGCAAAUGAUGCGGUCAUCAGUUUUCCACAUGUUCAUCCUGAGCAUGGUGACGGUGGAUGUGAUAGUAGCUGCCAGCAACUAUCACAAAGGAGACAGCUUCCGAAGGCAAUACGACGAGUUCUAUCUUGCAGAGGUGGCUUUCACAGUACUUUUUGAUUUGGAAGCACUUCUGAAGAUAUGGUGUUUGGGAUUUACUGGAUACAUUAGCUCAUCGCUCCACAAGUUUGAGCUACUCCUCGUAAUUGGAACUACUCUUCAUGUAUAUCCAGAUCUUUAUCAUUCUCAAUUCACAUACUUUCAGGUUCUUCGGGUAGUUCGUCUUAUUAAGAUUUCUCCUGCUUUAGAAGACUUUGUGUACAAGAUAUUUGGUCCUGGAAAAAAGCUUGGGAGCUUGGUUGUAUUUACUGCCAGCCUCUUGAUUGUUAUGUCAGCAAUUAGUUUGCAGAUGUUCUGCUUUGUCGAAGAACUGGACAGAUUUACAACAUUUCCAAGGGCAUUCAUGUCCAUGUUCCAGAUCCUCACCCAGGAAGGAUGGGUAGACGUAAUGGACCAAACUCUAAAUGCUGUGGGACACAUGUGGGCGCCUGUGGUCGCCAUCUAUUUCAUUCUAUACCAUCUCUUUGCCACUCUGAUCCUCCUGAGUUUGUUUGUUGCUGUUAUUUUGGACAACUUAGAACUUGAUGAAGAUCUAAAGAAGCUUAAACAAUUAAAGCAAAGUGAAGCCAACGCAGACACCAAAGAAAAGCUCCCUUUGCGCCUUCGAAUCUUUGAAAAAUUUCCCAACAGACCGCAAAUGGUGAAAAUCUCAAAGCUUCCUUCAGAUUUUACAGUUCCUAAAAUCAGGGAAAGUUUUAUGAAGCAGUUUAUCGAUCGCCAGCAACAGGACACUUGCUGCCUCUUAAGAAGCCUUCCAUCGGCCUCUUCCUCAUCGUGUGAUCACCCCAAACGGUCUGCAAUUGAAGACAAUAAAUACAUUGACCAAAAACUUCGCAAGUCUGUUUUCAGCAUCAGAGCAAGGAAUCUUCUAGAAAAGGAGACCGCAGUCACUAAAAUCUUAAGAGCUUGCACUCGACAGCGCAUGCUGAGUGGAUCAUUUGAGGGGCAGCCGGCAAAGGAAAGGUCAAUUCUCAGUGUACAGCAUCACAUCCGCCAAGAGCGCAGAUCACUAAGACAUGGAUCAAACAGCCAGAGGAUCAGCAGAGGGAAAUCUCUUGAAACUCUGACUCAAGAUCACUCGAAUACGGUGAGAUAUAGAAAUGCACAAAGAGAAGACAGUGAAAUAAAGAUGAUCCAGGAAAAAAAGGAGCAAGCCGAAAUGAAAAGGAAAGUGCAAGAAGAGGAACUGCGAGAGAAUCAUCCAUACUUCGAUAAGCCCCUGUUCAUCGUUGGACGUGAGCACAGGUUCAGAAACUUCUGCCGGGUGGUGGUCCGGGCACGCUUCAAUGCAUCUAAAACAGAUCCUGUCACAGGAGCUGUGAAAAAUACAAAGUACCAUCAACUUUAUGAUUUGCUGGGACUGGUGACUUACCUGGACUGGGUCAUGAUCAUCGUAACCAUCUGCUCCUGCAUUUCCAUGAUGUUUGAAUCCCCCUUUCGAAGAGUCAUGCAUGCACCUACUCUGCAGAUUGCUGAGUAUGUAUUUGUGAUAUUCAUGAGCAUUGAGCUUAAUCUGAAGAUUAUGGCAGAUGGCCUAUUUUUUACUCCAACUGCUGUCAUCAGGGACUUUGGUGGAGUAAUGGACAUAUUUAUAUAUCUUGUGAGCUUGAUAUUUCUUUGUUGGAUGCCUCAAAAUGUGCCUGCUGAAUCGGGAGCUCAGCUCCUGAUGGUUCUUCGGUGCCUGAGACCUCUACGGAUAUUCAAACUGGUGCCUCAGAUGAGGAAAGUUGUUCGAGAACUUUUCAGUGGCUUCAAGGAAAUUUUUUUGGUCUCCAUCCUUUUGCUGACAUUAAUGCUUGUUUUUGCAAGCUUUGGAGUUCAGCUUUUUGCUGGGAAACUGGCAAAGUGCAAUGAUCCCAACAUUAUUAGGAGGGAAGAUUGCAAUGGCAUAUUCAGGAUUAAUGUAAGUGUGUCCAAGAACUUAAAUUUAAAAUUAAGACCUGGAGAGAAAAAACCUGGAUUUUGGGUGCCCCGUGUUUGGGCGAAUCCGAGGAACUUUAAUUUCGACAAUGUGGGAAACGCUAUGCUGGCAUUGUUUGAAGUUCUCUCCUUGAAAGGCUGGGUGGAAGUGAGGGAUGUUAUUAUUCAUCGUGUGGGGCCGAUGCAUGGAAUCUAUAUUCAUGUUUUUGUGUUCCUGGGUUGCAUGAUUGGACUGACCCUUUUCGUGGGAGUAGUUAUUGCUAAUUUCAAUGAAAACAAGGGGACGGCUCUGCUGACUGUAGAUCAGAGAAGAUGGGAAGAUCUGAAGAGCCGACUGAAGAUAGCACAGCCUCUUCAUCUCCCACCUCGCCCGGAUAAUGAUGGUUUUAGAGCCAAGAUGUAUGACAUAACCCAGCAUCCAUUUUUUAAGAGGACAAUUGCAUUACUUGUCCUGGCCCAGUCAGUGCUGCUGUCUGUCAAGUGGGACGUCGAGGACCCAGUGACUGUUCCUUUGGCAACAAUGUCGGUGGUUUUCACCUUCAUCUUCGUUCUAGAGGUUACAAUGAAGAUUAUUGCAAUGUCACCUGCUGGCUUCUGGCAAAGCCGAAGAAAUCGAUAUGAUCUGCUGGUGACGUCACUUGGCGUUAUCUGGGUGGUACUUCACUUUGCCCUCCUGAAUGCAUAUACCUACAUGAUGGGCGCAUGUGUGAUUGUCUUUAGGUUUUUCUCCAUCUGUGGAAAGCAUGUAACACUAAAGAUGCUCCUCCUGACGGUGGUUGUCAGCAUGUAUAAAAGCUUCUUUAUCAUCGUAGGAAUGUUCCUAUUGCUGCUGUGUUAUGCUUUUGCUGGAGUUGUUUUAUUUGGUACUGUGAAAUAUGGAGAGAACAUUAACAGGCAUGCAAACUUUUCUUCAGCUGGCAAAGCUAUUACUGUACUGUUUCGAAUUGUUACCGGUGAAGACUGGAACAAGAUUAUGCAUGACUGUAUGGUCCAGCCACCCUUUUGUACUCCAGAUGAAUUUACAUACUGGGCAACAGACUGUGGAAAUUAUGCCGGGGCACUUAUGUAUUUCUGUUCAUUUUAUGUCAUCAUUGCCUACAUCAUGCUAAAUCUACUUGUAGCCAUAAUUGUGGAAAAUUUCUCCUUGUUUUAUUCCACUGAGGAGGACCAGCUUUUAAGUUACAACGAUCUUCGCCACUUUCAAAUCAUAUGGAAUAUGGUGGACGAUAAACGAGAGGGGGUGAUUCCAACCUUCCGCGUGAAGUUCCUGCUGCGGCUGCUGCGGGGAAGGCUGGAGGUGGACCUGGACAAAGACAAACUUCUGUUUAAGCACAUGUGCUAUGAGAUGGAGCGGCUGCACAAUGGUGGCGAUGUCACGUUCCACGAUGUCCUAAGCAUGCUGUCCUACCGGUCAGUUGAUAUCCGAAAGAGCCUGCAGUUGGAGGAGCUGCUUGCAAGGGAGCAGCUGGAAUACACCAUCGAGGAGGAAGUGGCCAAGCAGACCAUCCGCAUGUGGCUGAAAAAGUGCUUAAAGCGCAUCAGAGCUAAACAGCAGCAGUCAUGCAGCAUCAUCCACAGCCUGAGAGAGAGCCAACAGCAGGAGCUGAGCCGGUUCCUGAACCCCCCGAGUAUCGAGACCACCCAGCCCAGUGAAGACAUGAACGCUAACAGUCAGGAUAAUAAUACGCAACCUGAGAGAAUUAACAUCACUCUCUCACCGAAACCAAUAAGCCACUCAGUGUCUUCAGUCAACUUACGGUUUGGAGGGCGAACGACAGUGAAAUCUGUAGUGUGCAAGAUGAACCCCAUGACUGACGCAGCUUCCUGUGGCUCUGAAGUCAAGAAGUGGUGGACCCGGCAGCUGACCGUGGAGAGCGAUGAAAGUGGAGAUGACCUUCUGGAUAUUUAAGUGGAAAUCGACGCAGAUGGCAGUGAAGACUGUUUUCUAAUAAUUUCCUCCGUUGUCCAGUGAGCAUUCCAUAAUUUAUACAUAAUUUUAUUCCAGCUCGUCAUAGCAUUUUUUAAGUUGAUUUUUGUCCUGCCAUAGGAAGACAUAAAAACUGGUCUGUCAAAGCUGUAUAUAUCAUGGGUCAUCACUGUGUAUGUGUUCAAGAAAACGUGAAUAAUGGCACUAUUGGUAAUAUUAGAAACUAUACCAACCCCAGAUGUAGAUCAUUCAAAAAUUCCAUAUAUUCUAUCCGUGUAAACAAAGGUGUAUAUUUUUGUGUGCUCUUAUGUAUUAUCACUAUCCCUGAAAGAGUGCUAAGCCCCAAAGUGGCAAAUAUUUAUAGUACAGGAGCUAUAGCUAGCUUUAGUUCACGUUUUUCCCACUUCUACUAGAAAUACUUCUCUUGGGAGAAUUUAUUAUUUACGAUUGAUCUGAAAAGGUCAGCGCUGAGCUUAUGCUAAAAUGACAGUAGUUUUACAAACUACACAUUCUGAAUUUUAAAAAGUAUGUUCUUUUUCUCCUAUUAUUUUUUAAAAUAUACACACGGUAUUUAGAGAUAAGAAGAAGUUAGUUUCUGUCCUCAGUCACUAAUGAAAUUGUGACCUGCUUCCAAGAGAAUUGUAUGUGCAGGUACCUGGCAAAGAAAUUGACCCAAGGAGCUAACUAACUGGUUUAAAACAAACCUGUACGUAGAUCAAUCGAGAGACAUAGUUACGUGAAGAUGUUGUUUCUUAGCAUUUUAAUAACUGAGUUUAGCAAACAGAGUAAAACUACACCAUUCAGCUUAUUUAAAAAACCUUUCAUGUGUGUUGCUAUCAUUGGCUUUUUUUAUUUUUAUUUUUUUUACUAAAAAUAUGUCCAUUUUUUCAUAAAUCAACAAAGACACUAUGAGUUGAUCCUAACACACCAUCACUGUGUUCAAUUGCAAAUGACUCCCCUGCUACCAGAACCUCCUGUGGAAAUAAUGGUACUGUGCAAACUCUUACACUGAAUUCACAGUUUAGGUAUCCCACAAAUCCUCAGGAAAAAUUAAAAUGAGAAGUGCUUACAAAGUACCAUUGGGACUCUUUAGCUGGGUCAACCAAGUAGAAGUGCAUCUGGCUCUUUAACUACAUUGUUCUUGAUUGACAGUUUGCUGUUUAGAUUGUUUCUUUUAAUGGAGUGAUUAUCUCAGAAUCCUCUGACCUUGUCGCCUGGUUGCUUUAUGAUCUAUUUUUUCUCUAUUUAACAUUCUUUAAAAUAGGCAAAUAUCACAUUCUGUCUGUAUAACAAAUGUGAUAUGGUGGCAGCCGUCUAUCAUGUAUAUAAUUAAUUGUGACUAUAGAUCAUGAGCAAUUAGUCAGUGCAGCUGAAAGAAUUUUAUUUGGUUUUAUGUUCGUUUAAAGUUUACUUUUUGUACAUAAUAAAAUAAAAUAAAUACUGGAUUUG